CCCCGGGGCUUUGGGGACACCGGGACCCGCGGGGGGAGGCGGCGGGGCCGGGCUGGGCCUCCCCGCGGCGCGGGGCCUGUCCCGGCGGGGCGGGCGCGGGGCUCGCCCUCGGCCCGGGCUCGGCCCCGGUCCUGGCCCGGGAAUCUUUAAUUCCCUGCAAAGGCGAAACAGCCCCGGGAGUUCCCCCCGCGGCGCUUUCCGGGCGUGGGAAAGGAAUAACCGGGACUCGCUCCCGUUUUUCCGGCUUUUCCCGGGGUUUUGGGAGCCGCUGUGGUGCGGGACAUCCCCGGGAGGGGGAGUGGGGAUGAGGAUCCUUUCCUGCCCUGGAAAGAUCCUGAAAAAAAUUCCUGGGAAAAAAACAUUUCCAGUGUUUAGGUGUGUCCAAGGAAAACAGGGAAUAAACGGGAUUUAUGACGAUGCUCAGGAAUUCUCCCACCACGGGAAAAUCGGGAAUAACUGGGAUUCAUUCCGGUUUUUCUGGCUCUGGAGGGUUUUCCACGGGUGGGAAUGAGGAUUCCUGCUGUUCCAGAGGGUUGGGAAAGGUUUUCAGGGAUGGAUCAGGACAGAAGAUAAGGAGCCUGAGAUAACAAUGAGCACUUUCCCUGGCAGGAGUUUCCCUGGAAAUGAGGAAUUUCCUGGGAAUUCUCUCCUUGAACCCCAAUCCCGGGCAGAUGUUUCCCGCCGGGCUCGGGCUCUAGGAUGUUGGAGAGCCGAGAGGAAGAGCUGACCACGGUGCGGGUGCAGGAUCCGCGCGUGCAGAACGAGGGCUCCUGGAAUUCCUACGUGGAUUACAAGAUCUUCCUGCACACCAACAGCAAGGCCUUCACCGCCAAGACCUCGUGCGUGCGGCGCCGCUACCGCGAGUUCGUGUGGCAGUUCGUGUGGCUGCGGCGGCAGCUGCAGAGGAACGCCGGGCUGGUGCCGGUGCCGGAGCUGCCGGGAAAAUCCGCGUUCUUCGUGGGAAGCACGGAUGAGUUCAUCGAGAGGCGCCGCCAGGGGCUGCAGCUCUUCCUGGAGAGGGUGGUGCAGAGCGCCGUGCUGCUGUCCGACAGCCGCCUGCACCUGUUCCUGCAGAGCCAGCUGCCCGUGCCCGCCAUCGAGGCGUGCGUGCAGGGCCGGGGCCCGCACUCGGUCACCGAGGCCAUCCUGCACUACGCCAUGGCCUGGGGACAGCGCGGGGACGGCGUGGCGCUGCCCGCAGCCAGCUGUGCCAGCCUGGGGAGCGCCCAGGGCUGCCUGGAGAGCUUCCCCUACUGGGGUGACUUUGGCAUGGACGAGGCGCGGCCGGAGAGCCCGGAGCGCCCGGCCGGACACGGAGUGACCCCUCUGGAGAGCCCGGAAUUCCCAGCUGGACACGGAGUGACCCCUCUGGAGAGCCCGGAAUUCCCAGCUGGACACAGAGUGACCCCUCUGGAGAGCCCGGAAUUCCCAGCUGGACACGGAGUGACCCCUCUGGAGAGCCCGGAAUUCCCAGCUGGACACGGAGUGACCCCUCUGGAGAGCCCGGAAUUCCCAGCUGGACACGGAGUGACCCCUCUGGAGAGCCCGGAAUUCCCAGCUGGACACGGAGUGACCCCUCUGGAGAGCCCAGACACCCAGUGACCCCCAAGGAGAGCCUGGAAUUCCCGGAAUUCCCAGCUGGACAUGGAGUGACCCCUCUGGAGAGCCCGGAAUUCCCAGCUGGACACGGAGUGACCCCUCUGGAGAUCCUGGAAUUCCCAGCUGGACACGGAGUGACCCCUCUGGACACCCCCAGGCCCCGCAGCCCUCGCUGGGAGAGGGAUCAGCGUGGAGCCACUGGGAUGGCUGCACUGGGAGCACUGGGAGCACUGGGAAUGCGGCCCAGCCGUGGCUGAGCUCCCUCCCAGCACAUUCCCGAU